GCCGCUUUAAGAGGCUGCUCGGUGGCAGCAAGCGGGCCGGAGCCGCAGCCCAGGAGAGCAGAACUGAGCCAAGCGGGCAGGUGCACGGCUGCGGGGACUACAGCGGCAUGACCGGCCACCACGGCUGGGGCUACGGCCAGAACGACGGCCCCUCACAGUGGCACAAGUUGUAUCCCAUUGCCCAGGGAGACCGCCAAUCACCAAUCAAUAUUGUAUCCAGCCAGGCUGUGUAUUCACCCAGCCUGAAGCCACUGGAGCUUUCCUAUGAGGCCUGCGCAUCCCUCAGCAUCGCCAACAAUGGCCACUCAGUCCAGGUGGACUUCAAUGACAGUGAUGACCGAACUGUGGUGACUGGAGGCCCCCUGGAUGGGCCCUACCGGCUCAAGCAGUUCCACUUCCACUGGGGCAAGAAGCACAGUGUGGGCUCAGAGCACACAGUGGAUGGCAAGUCAUUCCCCAGUGAGCUGCACCUGGUUCAUUGGAACGCCAAGAAAUACAGCACCUUUGGGGAGGCGGCCUCAGCACCUGAUGGCUUGGCUGUGGUCGGUGUCUUCUUGGAGACAGGGGACGAGCACCCCAGCAUGAACCGUCUGACAGAUGCACUCUACAUGGUUCGAUUUAAGGGCACCAAGGCCCAGUUCAGCUGCUUCAACCCCAAAUGCCUCCUGCCUGCCAGCCGGCACUUCUGGACCUACCUGGGCUCCCUGACGACACCCCCGCUGAGUGAGAGUGUCACCUGGAUUGUGCUCCGGGAGCCCAUCAGCAUCUCCGAGAGGCAGAUGGAGAAGUUCCGGAGCCUGCUUUUCACAUCAGAGGACGAUGAAAGGAUCCACAUGGUGAACAACUUCCGGCCACCACAGCCACUGAAGGGCCGUGUGGUCAAGGCCUCCUUCCGGGCCUGAAUGGCUUGCCUGCCCAGCCGGCCACAAGAGCACCAUCUUCCCAAGGGCUUUCACGUUAGCAGACACCAAACCAUCCAAGGCUCCCUGCCUGGGGCAGGGGGAUGGGGAGGGGCUGUGGACCCCUCUUCAGCUGGCUUACUUCUUGGCCACCCUGGAAGCUUCUUUAUGGGACCCUUAAGUUAAGGGACACUCUUCAGCUGCUCUGGGGACAGGCAAAACAGGAGCUGAAUGUGGUCCAAGCCUGAGGCUGCUUCUGCUCUUCAAGACCCAAAGGUCCCUGGGAACCUCCUCUUGUCUUCCCCACUGGCAAUGGAAGCAGCCCUACCCUGAGCUCACACUGUGACAGAUGAGACCAAGCUCCCUGGGACAGGCAGCUGGCGUUGCCAGAAAGACUCAAGCAAUAAUUAGAGGUGGGCAGAGCUGCCCUCUCAGUGUUACCUCUUCUGCAGGCCUCCGCCAUGCACGCACCUCACUGCCAGGUCAUUAAAAUCAGCACUGAGCCUGCUGGAAAUGACAUGGCCUUCUCCUCCUUAGCCACUUGCUGCCAUUGGCAGGCACUGGCUGCAGCUUGUGUAAUAUCUCCCCUCAUCCCCACCCAGUCACCAAAGCCACCUACAUGACAAUCCAUCCAUGCGAUGAUUAAUAAAUUCAUUCAUCCAUGCAGCAAA